AUUUAUCAGAUAAAAAAAGGUCAAAAUAUUUCUACCCCCAACGGACAAGCAGAGAGAAAUUCUCGGCCAGUAAAUCAUAAAAUCAUUGAAACACAGAGGUCUCAGACUUGGAGUCUUCAGGCAACCUUACUGAUAAUAUUAAAUCUCCCCUUCAACUUGGUGAAGGCCGAGACAGUUAUCUCCUGACAUAACUAACAUCUCAUAUUGCAGAAAGUCAAACCAAACUAUCAGAGAAAAGAAUUCAUACGGACUGACGCACUUGGAAUAUUAAACGAGCAGUACUUGAAAGAGGAGGAAAAGUGUAACGAAGAACAUGUUGAACGAGCAGUCUUGGAGGAUUUUUUAUUUGCUCUUGCUAUCCCACACAGUCUUUCAGUGCAUCGCAAGGUCUACAGAUCUGGACUUGGACCUCGACAAAGGACGAAUCUUUGGACGGAAUCCUUACAUAAAGCUUCUAAAUGCGCCGCAGACUGGGAGGACAAUCCCUUGCUCUAAACAAGCGGUCAUACGACUGGAUUUCAGUGGACCUUUCAAAAGAGCACACUUCCAGCUCUAUUACGGUCAGGAGCCAAGACUUUGGACGUUCUUACUUUCAAAUUCUCCGAACGCGUAUGGUUUUGGCGGCAACCACAAGUACACAAGCAACUGUGCCUCUGUGCAGGUUUUCAACAAGCAGCUGAGAAUAUACAGUAACGUGUUGUCUAAUUACAGGACUGAGAGUAUUGACGGUCACACACUCAUGGAGGUAGAGGACGAAAUAGUUGGGAAAAACUCUACUUUGACGAUAGAUGUUCGUGAUGAGUUCGUUAAGUGGGAGACUCGAAGAAAAAGGAUAAAGGAAAGUUUUAUUGAAGAUAUCCAGAGACCUAACGAAGACAGAAGCAAACGAAAAAGCUCGUUUCUUUUCACGUUAUCAGGUCAAAAAGCUGAGUUUGGGCCGAAUGAAAAUUUUCUGUACGCUGCGUUCAAUCGCGUUCCUUAUGGUCGCUUCCACAACGGGUCGGGACUAUGCCGUGUGAAGAUUUCCUUCAAGAGAAGACAAGAGAACGGCAUGUGCGCCAAGCGUCUUUGCCAUCAAGAUGCAGUUUGCAAGCCAGUCCAGAAAUCAUUCAAGUGUAUUUGCAGACCUGGUUACGUCGGUAAUGGUCAAACAUCUUGUCAAGAUUUUGAUGAAUGCACAGCCAAUAAUGGUGGAUGUCAACAGAUCUGUCAUAACUUACAAGGAAGUUACUAUUGUAGCUGUAAAGAUGGAUAUACACUGCUGCCCAACGGAAGGAGCUGUACCGGUAAGAGAAAGGACAGCGGUCUCAUCAGUAAACGCGUCAAAGUAAGAUUCAACGUCGGAGAGUGUAACAUCCGUUCCCAAGAGAAAGAACUCUUCAUAAAGGAGCUCAAGCGGAAGCUUCUCCGUCAGGAAAUAUGUGUCUACCCUUGCAAGAUUCAUGGCUCUGUCCUUAAAUGUCGCUCACGUUUGAAGAAGGGUGGAACCAGCAUGGUUCAUGCCAACUUCGAGCUCAAACUCGACCAGACCAGGAUAUCCACGUCUAAAUAUUGUAACUACAGCUGCUUGCGGUGUCAAGUCGAGAAGAGAUUACAGAAGUUUAUUGCAGACCUGAGAAGCCUGGCCAACCAUAAGAAUUUUAGUGUAUCUCUUCGAGGACAAGUGUACACGAUGAACGGGAAGUCUCUUCGAGUGCCAAGAGUGAGGAACGCUUGUACACAGGGCAUGCGCAGAAAGAUCAAGCGACUUGCCGGCUGUAUGCCUGGAAUGUAUUAUGAUAUCUUCCUACUAAGAUGUGUUAACUGUUCUCGAGGGACUUACCAACCAAAUGCCUCCGAGACCUUCUGCUACCGUUGUCCUGGCAACAUGACAACACUGUACUCUGGUUCAAAAGCAGCCCACCAAUGCCGAGAGACAGUAUGCGGCGGUAAUCUGACAGCGAUGUCGGGAGUGAUCAUGUCUCCAAACUUCCCCGACGCUUACCCUAGUGAUCUAGACUGUACCUGGACUAUCUUCCCGAGCGAGAACCGUCACAUACUCCUACUAAUACCAAACAUCUCUCUCCAUGAUACCCCCAACUGCUCAGAUUAUCUGAUCAUGAGGGAAGGCGCAAGCCCGUACUCAGUAGCUACAUAUUAUGCCUGUGAGUCGUUUGAUCAACCCGUGGCCUUCGUCUCGCGAUCAAAGAAUCUUCACGUUAAGUUUCGUUCAAGGAGAAUCGAAAACAUGGCGACAGGGAUGGCUGAAGGAUUCAAGAUCUUCUACGUGACGUUUGAAAAACAAUAUCGUUAUCUCGUGAGAAACAUCGUUGAGAGCGGUGAAAUGUACGCCAAUGAAAGCAACCGAAGAUUAUUACAGGAUGAAAAACUCGUUCAUGAAGUCCUUGACGUCAUUGUUGAGCCACAGCGACUUCAACAGGUGUUACCGAACUAUGAAAGAGAUAACAAAAUACCGAGGUCUUUCCGAGACUUUAUCGAACGCAAAGUCGUCGAUUUCCUCGAUUACAGGCCGUACCGCAAAAGACGUUCUCUAGAGGACACUGAAGAAUAAGAUUACAAAUUGCAAGGCUGUUCUAGUGUUCCACAAGAAUAGAAAUAAACUGAAAGCGAAUGAAUAUAGUAGAAACCAGAAGAGCUGAAGUGUCCUGGUUUGGUAUGGUUAAUACUGAGUGGAAGCGCGUUAUGCAUGACUACAUGUAGUGCGUAAGACAAUCACUAAGAUAUAGAUAUGUAGCUGUCAGCCUUUAGGUUUACUAUGAAACAAGAAUCUCUAACGAUAGCAAGAGAAAAAGAAAUAAAGGCAUGAGGUACAUAAGUUAGUGGCAAAUCAGGGAAGGUUUGGUUACAUUGGGGGGUGGGGUGGGGGAGAGCUAGGGAUUCAAAUUGCAGGGCCAUCAGUAAAGACUGAAUUAAAAAUUUUGUGAAGGGGUCAAGCCUUCUUAUUUUAACGAAAGCUGUUUCCUUGUUGGCCUUGUUGGUUUCGUGAACUUGUCACUGAAUGAAAUAGAGAUGGAUACAGUCCCUUUUUAAAAGGUUACUGCGAAUACCUGUGCCCUCCCCCCAAUAAAACAGUACCUACGCUAAGAAAAUAGUUUAUGUUAGAGGAACACGUGUAGAAACAGGUAAAGAGAAAAUAGAAAUAACUUACCAGUCCUUUUAUCACACGUGGAAAGAGUCUUAAAAGUGAAUUUUCAGGACAGUA